CACACACACACGUAAUUCUAUCAGGGAUAUUUUGUUGAUACAAAUCAGUAAAUAGAUUUUCAGACUUUUAAAAUAAUUUGUGUUUAAAAUUUAUAAAUAUUUCACAUUUGACCCGCUGCACGAAAGGCCUCAGUUCAGAGAAAUAGAGUUCAGCAGCAGCUGAGGUCCAAGUGUGUUGCUUUCUUAAUAAAACUGUUUGAUGAUGGCAGCAUCACAGGUCUGAGUUGGUCCUGCUUGAACAAUAACAAGCUAAUAAUUAAUAACAAGCUAAUAAAGGUGUGUCCACGUGGACCUACGUCCAAAACGUGCUGCUGCCAUCUCGGCUUUUGUCAGCGGCGCGUCGUUUUAAGUCUCAUUCUGGCAGGAAAAUGUUGACCAGCGGCUACGUUCAGAUGAUUCUGGUAAGAUUUACUCUUGUGAAGGAAUUGAUGGUAAACUGGUUUUUAUCUAUGGUAUUAAUGUGAACUAGUGUGACAGGACUUGAGCUGAUUUAGGGCAGCAUUAUUAUACGGGCUCAUUUGGAGCCGCCAUUUUUAGCUCGUCAAUAAAAUCAACACGAACCAAAGGGUGCUGAUGCCUCCUUACAACAGCUGCUGUGAGAGACAGCAGGACACCGAGGACAGGUCCAUGUGGACAUGUUUAUUUUUGACUUGUCAACACGGUCCCAUCUUGCUGCCAUCUUAAAUGAGCUCCUAUAAAAGGCCAUUCAGGAAGAUCCUUUCUGUUUAUCACACAACUGUUAAAUGACAAAAGCACGUUCCUCUCUGAGCCGGCCUUUAGUCACAGCAGUGAGAAAACAGAAGAAAACAUUUGGAAACAAACCACAGAUACAAAAAAAAAACAUAAAAGUCGUUACAAACAACCCCAAGAGGCCGAGCAAUAAUUCUAAUGAUGUCAUGUUUCUAACGAGACGUCAUCGCUUAGGGAUCAAAGGUGCUGGAGCAGCAACGCCAUCAGGACCGCCGGAGUCCUGCUGAUGCUGCUGAGGGUUUACGACGCUUAAGCAACGCAGAACGAGCUGCACGUUUUAUCGUGCGUGCAGCUCUCACACACUUACACUCGUUCCUGAACUGCAUCCUCAUGGUCAGGCCUUUGGAGCUGUUUGACUUGUUAUAGUAAAAAACGUGAACCCAGCUGUAGUCUGGGUCGUAAACACGGUUCUGACGAGGAGGUGGAGGGUUCUGGAAAAGCAACACGAGACACAGAGAGAUAAUUAAAGAAAAAGAAAGAGAGGAAGAGGUCCUGCUCGGACAAAGAGGGAGUGAGUGUGUGAGGAGGGAGUCGGCUGUGGGGGAGUCGGUCAGCUCUCUAUCAAAACUUGGCUGCCUUACAGAACACGCUGGGGCCGGGCUGUGGGACUGGAUCCAUCAGAACCAGGUUCAGGCUGGCCGUGGGGAACGUCUGGUUCUGAUUGAGUGAGUGAAACGUGUGAGGAUGCUCCUCUGGGUGAGAUUCGGUCACCAACACACACACACACACACACACACACACACUGGUGCUGCAGACCCCCAGCAGGCCCUGCGGGGUGGAGCUGACUGAAACCUAAGAGCCCGUGUCCCGGGGGGCAGCGGGGCGUACGGGCAGAUUGAGGCCAGAUGUUGCAGAUGCAGGAAUGAACCAGCAGGACCACGAUCCAUUUAUAGCCUCAGCCCGCCUCGCUGCAGGACAACGUAUCGAUAACGAGCUUUAACACGAGCGCGGACUGACUCAGACAUUUCUGUUACGUCUCUAAAACACCUGGGAGGUCGGAAGAGAUCUACUUUAACGUCCACUCCAAGAAAAAUGCAACAGAAAUCUGUUUGGGUGUUUUUUUAGAUGCAUUUGGGAUAAAAUCCUCCAUAAUUUAAUGUGAGAUCAUUAAAACUACAAUAGCAUUAAAGUCAUUUUAAUGUAAUAUAAUAAAGUUCUUCAUAUUUUUAUGAAAUUUGUUGUUAGGGUUGAAUUCAGGUGAGCUAUAGAUGGUCCUCCAGGGUUAAAACUCCUAAAACAAGAACAGCUGAUGAGAUGAAACUCAUAUUUCUGUUGUCAGACACGAUGUUCUCGUCUUCCAGGGCCUUCACAAACCUUCACCCAACCGUAAUCUGCCGACCCACGAUGACGUCGCUCCAGGAUCCUCUGGUGGAGCCCCACUAAUGGCUCCUAAAUCUCCAACAUGUCAUGAAGGUCACCCAUGUGGCCCGGGCCCCUCGGCCCUGAGACUCCUCCGCCUGCAGAGGUCCGACACACAAACACGAACACACCAGUUCGGGAUUUGUUGGAUUCUUAAAUCACUGCAGCUUAUUUUUCUCUGAACCUCUGAUUCUUAAACAUCAUAACAGUUCUGAAGCUUCUGUCACAUGCCAGAGUGUCACAGAAACACGUCAAAAUUCAGUUAAGUUAGGAAGUUCUCAGAGGUUUCUAAGAGUUCUCAUUGGAAGGAACAGCGGAGUGUCAUCUGCAUAGAAGAUACUUGGCUGUGAAUACGGGUUACGUCGCUGCUACGGUGUCUUUUUAGAAAGUGCUGUGGCAGCAUGGCGAGGCGAGAAUAUUGCGACAUUCGUGCCGCCAAGCUUGACAGGACCACAGUGCUGGACUUCUGAAUGGAGAUCACGCUUGUGCAACAGAGGGCAAUGUCAUGUUUGUAAACAGAAUCAGCUGAGAUGGCUAACUGGAGCGAUGCAGAGAUCUGGGAGCACCACUUACGACCAAAGAAUCCCUGAUGCCGCCUCCUGUUUUGCGGAAAAGUGGCGCCAUUGUUUUCUGAAACAGAUGAUCGAAGGGGUGUAUCAGUAAAAUUAACUGGGGCCCAAAGCUGAGCCUUGGGGAACCCCAGAUCAUUGGUGUGUCAUAUGAUGGGUAACAAAGGCUGUGUCUAUAAUUUAACCAGAUUUGAUUCAAAACUAAAAUCGUGUGUUCUGCUUUAGUAUUUUGAUGGGAUUAUAUUUAAUUAUCUCUAAAUAAUCUCUGAUGUGACUGAAACCAGGAAGUGCCCUGACCCAGAUCUCUGGUUUUAAUUCUGAAUCGUGAAGAAAAGGUUCCUCUUGGUUGUGUCUGAGGUGUUUUCUGCUCACCAGAUCUGCAGAAGAUCUGAGCCUCAUGAAGAACGGUUAUCUGUGUUUUCCAGCGCAGGAAUGAGACAAUGACGUCUCCAUGCAGGAGUUAAUCAAAGAGGAAAGUUCUUGUUCUCCAGACCCGCCUCCUCCUCCUCCUCCUCCUCCUCCUCCUGGGUGCAGGAGGAACGGGGAGUGUAACGUGAAGAAGGCAGCUCUCUGCCAUUGUUCUGGCUCUGGAAGUCUGGAGCGGGACGCGGCGGCGCUGCUCGGGUACCGGACGGCGGUCUGUCGUUAUGACGGGCUCCGGUCCGAAGCUCGGGGUCCUGCUGCUGGUGGCGGUUCUGCUGCAGACGGUGGUCGUCACCAUCACCGUGAUACACUUCACCACGGCUCUCAACUCGAUGAAGGAGACCUUUGCUCGCAGCAGCGUUUCCUGUCUGACCGGCUCGGACCUGCACAGCAUCCCAGCUGUGAGAGGAGAUCCGUGUUGGCAGGUCACUCAGCAGCUUCACCUGCUCAUCGAGAAGUCCGUGUCUCAGCGGUACCAGAGGCUGAUCUCCACCGCCGUGAAAGAUGAAGUAUCUCGAGUUCUGCCCUCACUGGUGAUGGACGACAGGGCUUCGCCUCGCCCCAAAGUGGCUGCUCAUGUCACGGGGAGCUUCGCGCCCAAACUGGAGCACGAUGAAGGAGGCCCAGUCUCAGCGGGACGGCGGGUUCAGGGACAGAAGAUCUCAUGGUGGGAGGGGCGUAAGGGUCUGGCGUUCCUCCAGGACGUCCAGCUGGUGGACGGCGAGCUGGUGGUGUCGCAGCCCGGCCUCUACUACGUCUACGCCCAGACCUACUUCAGACACACCCACUCCCUGGAGGAGGACGGCGAGGAGGUGGGGGACCGGGGGAAACCCCUCCUGCAGUACGUCUAUAAAAAGGUGAGCUCCUACCCGGUUCCCAUCCUGCUGAUGAAGACCAGCCGGACCUCCUGCUGGUCCCGGGGCUCAGAUUUCUCCCUUCACUCCGCCCACCAGGGGGGGCUGUUCCCGCUCACCACCGGCGACCGGCUGUUUGUGACGGUGACCAACGCCUCGGCCGUGGACAUGGACGAGAAGAGCAGCUUCUUCGGAGCGUUCCUCAUCAGCUAGAGGAGAACUUCAAACUGCUGCGGCGUCCAGAUGCUUCCUGGGAAGUUUCGUCGUCCUGUUUAGGAGCAAAAGGCAAAGAAGAGCACAUCGCCGGUUCCAGGACAGUCGUGGGUCAAACUCAUCAGAUAUCUGGAUUUUAAAACGAGACUGGACUCGAUCCAGACAUCAAGCUGCAAAAAUGAACUCAACAUAAAAAAAUAUUCAAACAAAGUUUUCCAAAGUGACCUUAACAGGAAUGUUAGCUCCCUCCAAAUUCAUCCCUUAAUGGUUGAUUUAAUAAUCAGUCGUAUGUCUGUAUGGAAGCUCCUUUCUGCCAUAGAUAAUUAUAAUAUAAUGAUGACUUUAAAAUUCUGAAUUUUGGGACUUUCCACUCAUUUAUGACCUUUUAUCAUAACAACGAGUUUGGAAAAUGAUGAAUAUGAUGUCAGAAUUAUGACGUAAAACAAGACUCAAACUGUAACAAAAACUUUGACUAUUUAAUUUUACUUUUAUGACCUUCUGGAAUUUUAACAUUAAACAUCCUCGUAUGUCAUAUUUAAACUUCGAAAACCCUAAAAAUGGCAUAUUUCAUCAUUACAGUUUAAAUUUGUGAUUAUGACUUUUAAAUUUGUGUUAUUGAGUUUUUUUCUGACCUGAAAAUCAAAAUUCUGACAUAGUUCUAAAAUUUUACUCAUAGUUAUGACUUUGUGUCUCCCAGUAAUGACUUCAAAACUCUAACCAUCCAAUUAACCUCGAGUUACAAAUCGUGACGCGUCUUUAUUUUUUAGGCGUCAGAAAUGGGCUUCCAUACAUUUAACUGGUGCGCGUAAUAGCAGCAGUUGACCACCAGGGGUCGUUGUGAAGUUACAGGUAGCUGAAGUCCACAUUUCUGCCCUCUGGUGGAAAACACAAGCAACUGCAGUUCCCAAAUGAAGAGGUGGCACGAUCUUUGACGUGCAGAUCUUCGUUUGGUUUAAAACUGUUAUAAGAUGUACAUGUUGUGCUGUACUUUGUGUAUUUGAAUUUUUAUAAGCUGAAAUGUUUUCUAGUCACAUGACCAACAUCAGGGUGGAAGCACUGCCACCUCCUCCAUCCACCUGCUGCAUCAACUUCUAACUGAAACUUCUAGUUGGAUGCAGCUCUACAGCCUCUCCCGCGUGCGGAGCUGCUUCUCCUCCAUCAUCCCUCCCAGACGGGUGGAGUAGCUGCAGAAACGCAAAAACAUCUGCACCCGUCGUUACCAUAAAACUCUAAAGUCUCACACUGAAGACAUUCUGAGCUCUGAACUGAACCUGACAUCUCUGGUUUUUCCCAUGUGACCUGAAUGCAGCAUUAACUGUAGCACUUAAAUGCAUCUUUUUAUCAAUAAAACUGCUGUUUUUUUAAUUCGUAAAAACGACUCAAAGCUCCUGGGAGCAAACAUGUUAAAGUCUAACAAACAAACACUAAAGCGCGUGUUUGCCUGGCAGAAAACACCGGAAUGUGAAUGUAAAUACUUCUGUAAAUAUGUGAAAUAAAAACUCUGUUUAAAGGAAA